AUGUCAACAGUCAUGGAUCUGGAGAAACAGACCGCCGAGCCAACUGUCGAGGCCAAAGAUCCGAAUCUAGUCGACUACGAUGGCCCCGACGACACGGAGAACCCAUUCAACUGGCCCACCUGGAAGAAAGGCCGUCAGCUGGUCCUGAUGGCCUUCAACACAUUCAUAACUCCAUUGGCCUCGUCAAUGUUUACCCCCGGAAUCAGCGAUGUAAUGAAGGAAUUCAAUGUCACCAGCAGCAUGAUGGGCUCCUUUGUUGUUUCCGUCUACAUUCUGGGCUACUGUUUCGGGCCCUUUCUGAUCGCCCCUCUGUCCGAAAUAUAUGGACGUGUCGCAUUGUACCAUAGCUGCAACCUGCUGUUCCUCAUCUUUACCAUUGCCUGCGCAGUCGCACAGUCUAUGCCACAACUGAUCGUGUUCCGCUUGCUGGCCGGCAUGGCAGGCGUAUGUCCUCUGACCAUUGGCUCCGGGACCGUGGCGGAUAUGGUACCCAAAGAGAAGCGUGCGGGUAUUAUGGCCAUCUGGGCAAUGGGGCCCAUUCUUGGACCAGUUGUCGGACCCGUCGCGGGUGGCUUUUUGGCUGAAGCGGAGGGCUGGAGAUGGGUGUUCUGGGUCAUUGCGAUCACGACUGGCGUGAUGAUGAUUCUGACUGUGAUUUGGUACCGUGAAUCAUAUGGACCGGUGGUUCUAGAACGCAAGGCCGCUCGCCUUCGAAAGGAAACCGGCAAUGCUGAUCUCCGCUCCAUCCACGAGGGAGGCAAACUCAGUCUUCAGCUCUUCUUGUCGGCAUUGGCGCGACCAUUGAAGCUGCUCUUCGGUUCCCCGAUCGUGUUCCUGAUGGCACUCUUUGCCGCCAUCACAUAUGGUUAUCUGUACCUGAUGUUCACAACCAUCACCUCCAUCUUUGAAAGCAAGUAUGGGUUCUCUCCCGGCGUGGCAGGCCUCGCAUACCUUGGGUUCGGUAUCGGGUCCAUGAUCGGUUUGAUCACCACCGGAAUCGUUGCCAACAAAAUCGCUCAAAGCCAUGUGAAGAAAGGCUGCUUUAGGCCUGAGUCACGUCUGCUACCCAUGAUGGUCGGCUGCUGGUUCAUGCCUGUGGGCUUGUUCUGGUACGGCUGGUCAGCCCAAGCAGGCGUUCACUGGAUUGUGCCAAUCUUGGGAACCGGCGUCUUCGCCAUUGGCCUGAUGACUGUUUUCAUGUCUGCUAGCACCUAUCUGGUGGACUCUUAUCUGCGGUAUGCGGCUUCGGUAACCGCGGCAAACACGGCAUUGCGAUCGCUGAUUGGAGCCUUGUUGCCACUGGCGGGGCCAUCGAUGUAUGAGGCAAUGGGACUGGGCUGGGGAAACUCCUUGCUGGCUUUCAUUGCGUUGGUGAUGUGCUCAGUUCCGUUCCUCUUUUGGAAGUAUGGAGCGAUGAUUCGCACGCAUCCCCGUUUCCAGGUGAAGCUGUGA